AUGUCGUCGUAUGCAUUACCACGAAGCGGGGAUGAUGACGAUGACGAUGACAGAGACGGAGACGGAGACGAAGAAGGCAGCGCAGUUGACAUGGAUACGGACCUCAGGCGUAUUCUUGCCGCAACCGAGAGUACACUCAGAGAUGCAUAUAAGCUAUGCAGCGACAAAUCACCCGAUCGUAAGAUGACGCAGCAGCGUGCGAAGAGACUAAGCAAUUUCCGCAGCGACGAUAGCCAUAUGAGCAGUGCGAAAGCCAGCAAAUUCCGCAGCUUUAAGAACGAGUCAUCCCUUACCUCCUAUUUCCGGAUCACAAAGCAGCUGUUGGCAUACUAUUACCGGGUGGUAUAUCGUGUGGAUGGCCAUUUCACAAGAGAGGGUGAAAGCCAUGCAGUGCCGCAGGACAUAAUCGAAACAACCCCUCUGCAACGACAAGCCAUGGAGGAUGUCAUCGGUGCGUUGCGGAGGCGAGAAAAGGCGGCAAAGGGGAGGGGGGCGCCAAGUUGCGAUAAGAAGGAAGGUAUAGCUACCAGGGACUAUGAUGAGUGUGACGCCGAGCUGAAGCACACCAUCCGCAAAUUUUACAUCUCGCUCAUCUGCCAGACUGUCGGAAGCAGGCCAUUCCGGUCUGCCAUCUUGAGCUUCUGUGCUAUGCUCAGCCGGACGAAGGCUCUGACGCGCCGGGUGGAUAACGAGCAGCACAAGCGGUGCACAUGGUGCGAACCAGGGAACUUCAACAGCAAUCUAUCGGCACUCACCUGGACUGCCCAGCUCAUCCUGUUCGACUUCGUGUGCUUCCAGAAGCAGGACGACGAAGACGGAAUCCCCGAUCUGCUGGAUCAAAUGUGCAAGAAGUACUUUCAGCAGAUGGCGGAGACACCUUUCGGGCAUGUACUGCAAUGGAAGCUAUAUCUCUUUGCGGCCUCCCGCACCAGUCUUACCAAGCACCAAGCCCGCUGGUCCCUUGAUGGGGAAACGGUCGACUAUAUGGGGACGAAGCUACACAUGGAACAAGUGACACAGCUGGUCGAGUCUGAGUUCCGCCAGGCGCACUCGCUUCUGUAUGAUGAGCUCUUGUUUGGAAUGAGGGACGUUGCUCCGAUCGAGGCGUGGAGGCUGCACGACGAUCUAGAUGUAGACGACUACGGCGCUUCGUGGUUGACAGACGGGAGGAAUCGAGAGAUACUGGCGGGGACGCAUGACGCCCUGCUCCGACAGAUCGAAGAGAGGGCGGAUCUACGGCAGGUAUUCGUGCGGCUGGAUCCAGACGGUGGGGUUCGCCUCUGCCCCAAGGCGAUAGCUAUCUAUGAGGCGCAUGUUCAGGAGUUCCUCAAGAGGAUGCUGGCACCCAUCUCGGUUCCUUCGGGCCCUCCAUUACGCUCCCCAGAACUACUCUCCAUCACGUACAUCAACACGGGUGCCCGCCGCCGAUCGGUAUUUCUGUGGGAGAAGAUGGUCAUGAUAUAUGUGCGAUACAGUAAAAGCCAGGAACAGACCGGGGAGGAGAAGGAUAACAUCAGGUUCCUACCCCCGGCCGUCGGAAACCUCCUCUUGACAUAUCUCGCGUUCGUGCUGCCGUUGCGUCAGGCCUAUCCACAAGUCAGCAACGACCCAGCCCCGCUCAGUGUUGCGAAUAAUAUGGCAAUAAAGUAG